GCCAUGGUCCCAAGCAACACGUCUGCUGGUAUAUUACCUUUGUUUCUUGCACGCGCUGUUUACACCCGCGAACAAUAAGCGUGAUUCCCACGCGUCUCGAUGAACCGCUUCUAGAAGGGGAGCCCCGCGUGAUGGAGCACAUGCGCGACAAAUUGAGCACAGACUGGUGUUGGCGGAAGAACGUUUCCCACAAAAACCAGCGCCAACGUUUGUGACACCGGAGAGGCCGGUAGGAGCGUUGGGUGAGUCCUUUCUCGGUGCCACAACGAACGCUGGGCGUUGAAGAGGGUGCAAUGGAGUACCAUCGCGUGCUGGUGACCUUGCAUUGGUGCUGACUGGCUGCCCAACGUGGAACUCCAAGUGAUACCCUCUCACCAUCUUGGGAUGUUGCACGGAACGUGUCGAUAUCAAUCUUCGCCCAUUUGUCAGGCGUUAACAUCCGGAGCUGAGGACAACACUAGCCCUUACAGACAAUGUCGAUCAUACGCACUACCACCGAAGCGAUUGAAGAAUUUGAAAGGAGACAGAUGCAGAUGCACAGGGUACUCCUUGAUCCUGUCGAGCGGCGAGAUGCCUAUCGAACAGAGUUUGCGGAGCAUUCUGUCAGUAUUACCAUCGAUGGUAGUGUGAAGUCGGCGAUAAACCCUGCAGCAAGCGGACCGGGGGACGCGUCUGAUGUGCAGACAACUCCACCAAAUCUGAGGUCCAGACAGAGUUUAUUGUCGGGCUCUAUGAAGUUUCAUAACGUCCAGUAUCGGCCUGCGUCUGUCAACAGAUGCCAUCCUAGCUACAUUGGCCUCAACCUGCCUCAGGAUCCUGCCAAAACCUGCCAAAACCUGCUAACGUCACCCUCGAAACACCACACCCUCCAGGCCACCACACGCGGUGGACAAGCAAAGGCCCCUCAAACGGCCGGCGGUCGAUUAUAUAGCAAAAAGCAGCCCUGCGCAAAGACGCCGAGCUCUACCGUCGCGGGUCUCGUCAAACAUCCGCAGGGGUAG